AUGGAUAUUGAUGUUAGUAAAGAAAAUAUACAGCCACUAAGGGGUGGAAGGAACCUUGUGCAAUUGGGAACUGCAUUGCAAGCUCAGUCAGAUGUUGAUGCUCAAAGGCAACUACAGUUGCAAAAAGAAGAACAUGAAGCAGCAAUUAGACAGUAUCAAGGUCCUGAUCCCUUAGAUCCAUGGUUUAACUACAUCCAAUGGGUUGAACAAUCAUAUCCAAAACAUGGCCAUGAAGGUAAUAUAGAUAAAUUAAUAAAGGAUUGUUUACAACUAUUUGAAAAAGAUGAACGAUAUUUUCAAGAUAGAAGACUUAUCAAGCUGUGGAUUAAAUAUGUGGACUCUCUGUCUAAUCCACUUGAAAUAUAUCAAAGAUUGUACAAUACGGGUAUUGGGGUAGAGUGCUCAGAGUUUUACAGAGCUUGGGCUUGUUACUGUGAAGAGUCUGGCGACUUUAAAAAGGCAAAUCAUAUUUAUAUGCUUGGACUUCAGGCGAAAGCUCAACCUUUGGAUGAAUUAGAACAAGCUCAUAUGAACUUCCAACUCUAUUUUGCACAGAGGAUGUUGCACGAUGACUCUCCCACAAAAAGGAAGGCGGCUUCAGCUCUAGCUGAAACUAGAAUGGCUUUAACAUCACUAAAGUCAUUUAAGAGACGUAAUAUUGCUAAUGUACCUGUACAGAGAGUUGGUGACAGCAUAAAAAACAUUACACCUGGGGUUAUACGACAGCAAGGGGUAGAUAAUAGGUUGCCUAAUUCUAAUGUAAUGGUUAAUGUUUUUGAGGAUGCUCCAUCAACUUCGAGAGGAGCAGUUCCUACUGCAGAAGACCCUGGGCCUGCCUCAUUAGUGCAAGCUUUUGGAAAUGUUGAGAAUGAAAAGGAAAUUGGCAUAUGGACAAAUCCAAAAACAAAAAUGGUUCAUUCAAAUGUUGUUCCUCAUCAACCAUUACCUUUUACUCCUUAUGAAGAUGCUGAUGAUGAAUUAAAACUUUCUUCGAACCAUAUGCCUUACUGUUUGGAUGACUUGUCGUUUAAUGUGCCUCUAUGUGUACCUGAUCCAGCUGAUCCAACAAAAAUACCUUGUUAUAAUAAGAUACAGGUCUAUGAUAACGAUAAAGAAUAUAGUUUAGAAGAAAUAAGAUCAAGAAAAUAUAGUUUAAAAAAAGAAAUUAAAGUGGAUAAUGUUAAUGUUGUAAAUGAAUCUUAUAAAAAUAUCAAUGAAACACUUGCACAGUGUAGUGCCUUAGAGACUUUAGCAAACUGUGCUUUAGACACUGAACAGGAUCACAUGGCACAGCUUAUGCCAUUAGCUAUGCCAACAUUACAAAAUGUUACUAAAGUUACUAAUAUGCACUCACCCGGCGAACCAAAAGUAUUAGUUAAUUUAGAUUCAAAUGAAGUAAGUGAAUUGACUGCUAAGAAAAGUGAUGAAAGUGAAAGACCAAAAAGUUCUGAAACUAACAAAGAAAAUCAAGUAGUUACACAAGGCACACCUAAUAAUAAUAGUAGAAAUGAAAAUGCUAAUUUUGGCCGGAAUAAUUUAAUGGAAGAGUUUAAUCGAAGUCUCAUGAGUAAUCUCUUAGGUGACUCUGUAACAGUAAACACUAAAGAAGCACGUUGGGAGCUAAGAAACAUUUUUAAUGACAAUGAACCGUCAAUAGUGCAGCCAGUUGUUCAACAAUUUGACAUACCAAAAUUUGACAUCCAUGAAGAUCGAUCAAUGUCCAUGGCCAUUAACACAAAAAAGAAUUAUGAAAUUGCUGAAGUCAGAAGUUUUCCUGAAGAUAAAGAAAAUGCUAAUAAUUUUCCUCCUCCACCAGUAGCUACCCAACAGAUAAAUAAAACAGCAUACUAUGAAGAGCCCUCAUGCACUCAAGUCUUUAAUUUUAAUAUAAAAGAUGCAAGCACUCCAAAUAUGUCACAAUUUAAGAAACCGUCUAUUGAUCAGUCAUGUAAAUUUGCUUCUGUGCCAAAAUUUGCAAUAGAUGAGAGUGUUACAGAACAGCCUGAUACACUUAGCAGUAAAAGAGACGAAUGUUCCAGACAAACAACAGACCAACAUGGUACUGUAGACACCCAAGGGGGUGGACUCUCAGUUAUCAUGGAAGCAACAAGAGAAUAUAAUAGUAAGUCAGGUUCUAGCUCUUCCGGUCAGUCAACAAGAACAAAUUUUACUGGAUAUACAACAAAUUUUGAUUCAAUGUACAACAAUCAUGAUCAUAAUCAACAAAAUACUGCUUCAAAAAGACCUUCAAUGUCAACUCAAGCAAGACUACCAAAUGGACAAUAUACCAGAUCAUACCAGCAAAAGCGAGAUCAAACAGAAAGUAAGGUGGCUAUACCGCCGUCCACUUCAGUGCCUUAUCAUUCUCAUGACCAUCAGUACCAAAAACCAUUACCAUCUAAUUAUAGCGGUUAUUCACCACAAAGAUCUAUGCACAAUCAUUAUCAACAAAAUUAUAACUAUCAACAAGGAUAUUCAAAUAACCAUUUAGUUACUCACCAGCAGUCUCAAGGCUAUGGAAGUCCGAAUCCUAAUGCCUAUCAUAGUCCUCAACACCCUAGUGUACAAAGUUCCCAUGACAUGAAUCCUUCAGUUUCGACAGGCUUUCAAAGUCCAACAUACUCUAAUCAAAUGGUAUAUCACCAAGCAUCAGUAACAAGUCCAGGGCAUGCUAUGAUGAGCCCACAACAAGGCUAUGCAGGUCGUCAGGAUUAUCAUUACCCUGGUCAAGCAGAGCGGCAGAUGUAUGUUAAUCAACAACACCAAUCUACGGGAAUUUUCCAAAGUCCUCCACAUCAGACCCAGUAUCAGAAUUCACUGUAUUAUCAACGACCUAACCAAGUAGCGACUCCAAAUCAGACAUACAAUCAACAAAACUACAACAAUAUUCAGAGUCAGUAUAAUAACCCUAAUAUGUAUUCGAACAAUAAUCAAAGUACAAGCUCUUCCAACUAUAAUAAUGCUUCUCAGAGUCCUUAUAGACAACCUCCUAAGCAAGCCGCGGAAAAUACUCAAUCACAUUAUGGAAAUCCUAUUGCAAACAAUCAGUCAUUUCAAAUUUAUCAAAGUCCACAAGCUUCUCACAGUAAUUAUCGUAACAAUGCAAUGCAAGAUAACAUGGUUCAACACGCGUACACUGACCAAAUUAGACAAGGAAAUGUGGACAUGUCUAUAAAAUGUCAUGAAAAGAUUGAAACUGAUAAGAAUGCAAGUAACGGAUUGGCUACGUCUCAGAAAGCAGUAAUGCAUAAGAGCCCCAACAGUUCAGUAUUAAGAAAUGUCAGGCACGAUCAGCCUAAUGUAAAAAUAGGACAAAAGUCUCCUGAUAUUGGAUUCUCUAACCAGUUCCUUAACUUUAUAUCUAACAGAAAUGAACCUAAAGAUAAUGCCAAUACACCCAAAUUUACUAACAGUCCAAGUAUAUCUCAAAAGAUGCAUAAAAAUUUGUAUGUGUCAAGUCCUGAACAAGCUCAAGUUCCACCCUCUUCUGGUCUUUCUGAUACAGAUAGCAAAGAUUCAUUGACAGCUCAAACAGCUACGCCUAUUCAGUCUGCAAAAAUAUCUCAUCCUAGUGAAAAACACAAAGAUAUUUCAAAGAGGCAGUUAGAUUUUGAGCACAGGGUUGAUAUUCAGUCUGAAGAUAGCAGGGAUUCUGUGGGUAAAGAAAGUAGGAUCUCAUCUAUAUAUUCGCGACAGUCUGAUUUUCAAUCUGAUGGCUAUGGAAUGGACAUAGACAGUGAAAAUUCGAUGGAGUGUGGUACUUUUAAAUCAUCACAUUCAAUAUCAUUAGUGGAAACUAGUGAUAUACCAAGGCCUGCUGAUAUUGAGUUCCCAAAAGUUAUUGACCCAUUUAACAAAAAAAUGUUAACUUCGUUACUAGAAUAUGUUAAAUUUCCAAAUAAAACACAUGCCGAUGGAUAUGUUGAAGUUAGGUCUAUACCGAAAAUACAACUAGCUACCGUUGUUAGCGUUGGAAAUACAAAAUUUUCUGUGGAAAAACAAUUAGGAAAAGGGAAUUAUGGAGCAGUAUUUUUGUGUUUGGAUCUUCAUAACAAUAAAUCUGUCGCAGUAAAGUAUCAAAAACCUAGUCGUCCCUGGGAAUUCUACAUAAGUCAAGAGAUAAAAGCCAGAAUCAAAGAUCCUUUUAUGCUUCCAGGUUACAUGGACAUAACAACAGCUUUCUUAGGAGAAAAUGCAAGUUUGUUUGUGUCAGAAUAUUCUCGUUAUGGGUCCCUGCUGGAUGUAGCAAAUAAAGUCAGAAUCGCUACUUCAAAAUGUAUAAAUGAGUUUAUUGUUAUUUUAUUGACGUCAGAGAUGCUUUCUAUCGUACACUACCUCCAUAAAGCGCAAAUUAUUCAUGCUGACAUCAAACCGGAUAACUUUUUAUUAAUGAAAAUACCAACACAAGAAUGGCGAACACCAUCUUUACAGUUAAUUGAUUUAGGAUGUGCAAUAGAUAUGUCAUUAUUCCCAGAGGGAACUACCUUUAGAGAAUUAAUAGCCACUGAAGGCUUUACUUGUACUGAAAUGAGGGAAGGCAAACCAUGGACCUAUCAAACAGAUCUAUACUGUCUUGCCGGUACAAUUCACGUCAUUUUAAUGGGUAGCUACAUGAAGGUAGCUAACCGCUUAGGACAAUGGAAUAUUGAUAAAAAACUGCCCAGGUAUAUGAAAAAUAGCCUGUGGGACAAAAUUUUUACUACUCUCUUGAACGUGCCUGACUGCAAUAAUAUACCUGACCUCUUAGAUCUCAAAAAUGAAGUGGAUAGCGUUUUGAAUGAAAUUGAUAGCCUCGGUUCGCAGCUGCGUAACUUUGCCAACGUGCUUAAAUCUAGGUAAAUUGAGAUGGCCGAGCUGUAUUUAUUGCAUUUAGAUAUCAUUGUGACUGUAAAAACAUGUUUGUAUUGAUAAUAAUUACAGUUAAGUUGAAUGAAUUUCAGUAGUCAUCGGGUUUAAGUAGUAACUAAAAACUAUUAAAAAUCAGAUAUCACUUUAUGAUAAUCUUGUUGUGUUUAAUUAAAAAUUGUGAUAUGUAAUUUAGCUUUUUUGUUAGUAAAUAUAAAAAUGGCUUAGCAUAUCUUGUUAGCUUAAUGUUGAAACUUCACUUGGUUUCAUUUAUUUUUGUACAACAUAUAAGACUUGCACUUCUUUUUUUUGUUCCAACUGUAAUAAAUAAUUACGUGAA